AUGGCUCCGUUUGGUGUUUACUAUCUAAGCAGUUUAAUCAUAUUUUUUGCUUUAUUAGGUGUGAUAGGUCUAAUAAUGGCUUGUUGUGGAAUGCCUGAUAGUCAUGGGAGUUCUGGAAGUGACGACUGUGGUCUAGGCAUUGUUGUUUUUUUAUUGGUCGCUGUAAUAAUCUUUGCUGUUAUCGGUGUAUUUUUCGGCAUUGUGUUUACUGUAAUAACUACGAAGAAAAUAGCAAAACAUCACACAAAGAAAUUGUGGUUGAGACAGGAAACGAAAAAGUAUGUUGUCAAAGAUUUUCAAGGAAGACGAGACGAAUUACAUCAGGUUUCCAGCCAACGCGAAACACGUAUACUACUAACAGAACCGCAAGUUGCAAUAACUACUCGAGAUAAACAAACGUCGAUUCCAGUGAAAUUGAUAUCAAUUAAAGGAUUGUCGAUGGAAAACGAUUGA